AUGUCAAACAAUAAUAACAACCCCAACCGUCCCGAAGACAACCCCUUCAUCGCCUUCCGGCGCUUCGCCGAUUCCCAGGUCUCCUCCCUCUUGAACACCGUGUUCACGCUCCCCGCCACCCUCGCCAACUACAGCAAUGCGCAUGCAGCGCGCGAACAGUGCUUGUUCGGAAAAGCGGAUAAACGGGAGUGCGAGAAGUUGCAUAAAGUUGAAAGCCAUAUCGCGAAGCUGCGAGAUGAAGGGCGCGAGUUGUAUAAGGCGGGUGAUCUGCACGGUGUGCUAAGGAAGAGCGAGGACCUCCUGAUGCUCACUCGGAGGGCAGAUGAUUUGAGGCGGAGCAUCGUAGGGACUACGACGGAGCGAGAAGACGAUGGGAAGGGCGAGAGGAAACUGAUAGACAGGGUAGCCAACGAAAAGGGUCAGCAAUGGGGAGACUCGUGGGAUUGGGAUAUCCCAAGACGAGAUGAGGAUAGCGACGAGUCUGAUCUCUUCGCGAAAAUGGUUCAGAUGGAGGCACAGAUGAAGAAAUUCCUGUUUGGCGAGCGAGGGCUGGAGCGCUGGUCAGGCGAGGACGGACGCCGACGUGAGGACGAACAAUGUCGUUCCCAACCACACGUCUCCUCGUGGACAUGGCAGUGGCCGCCCCCAGGCGAUACUCUAAACAAAGACACAUCCAACCCCUCGCGCCUCCAAGACGUCUUCGACGAACUCGGCCAAGUAAUGCGAGGCGAAGACCGUCGACCCACCCCAUCCGACGAGUCCUACUCGCCCCAAUCCCUCGAGCAAAACGCCGCAAUGAAGCACGCCAACAUAAACUGGCGAGCCGCAUACGAAGACCUCCUACGCACCUCGCACGACGCGGAACAAACACAGCCAAAGUACCCCAAACGCGUCCCCUGGGAAGGCGAUCAAACAAACCCAGACCCAGUCCGCGACUAUGCGCAUAACCACGAAGACCAGCACGACGAGCCGCCCUCACCGCAGCGCAAGGAGCAGGAAUCCACAGAAAUGGAUGUAUAUGAGCGCUUCCUCUCCCCUGCGUCAUCACCACCUACAAAUAUGCCAGUAUCAGCAGCCACACAUCCCUCCCCUUCUAUCCUCUCCACCAUGACGACGACAGAACGUAGCGUUGCGCCUGAUGGCACGGUCACGACGAAGAUGGUGCUCAAGAAGCGGUUUGCGGAUGGGCGGGAGGAGAGCUCUGAGACGGUGCAUACGCAGCGCGGGCAGGAU